AUGGCCAUGUCGACGCUAAAUUGGUCAAAAUACUGUUUUCUUUCCACCUGUGGAUUUUCUGUUCUUCUUCUUGCAGCGCUAAAUUUUUAUGACAUUCCAGGACUGAAAGUGAUGAGAUUGAUGUCGAACUUCACUGCUGACAUCUAUUUUGAAAAUAACUCACAUUCGCUUAAAUUUCACCACUCAAUGGAUAAAUUUAUGGUGGACAGGAACAACAUGACUACAACGGUGCAACCCACUGAAGAAGAGAGGACCAAGACAGUCGUUCUUGUCUACACUGCCUUCUUCCGGAAAGCGAAGUGGAUAGGAGAUCGUGAUAACUGCGGAUUUGAAAACAAGUUUUUAUUUGCCUCAAAUAAAUGUCUCUCAGGUGAUUUCGAAUUGAUUUACGACAAACAGCGGUUUGAGGAAAGCGACUUAGUCGUGUUUCACGCUAGAAACAUGCCAAGUGUAGAUCAUCUAAGAACGCUGCUGAAAAGCAGGCCCACUUCACAGCGCUGGGUAUACGCUUUGUGGGAAAGUCCGAAUGCAACACCAAAUCCUGCUCCAUUAAACGGACUUUUUAACUCAACAUGGACUUUCAGAAGGGAUUCAGAUUUUUGGUCGCCAUAUGGAAGUUACGACGAACUGACUGAAGAAGAAAAAAUAGAUAAAAUGAAAAACAUACCGGACUAUUCCGAAGGAAAAACUGAACUUGUGGCUUGGAUGGUUAGUAAUUGUCGCGCUCAACCUCGAAUGGCUUUUGCCGAAAGGCUGAAAAAAUACAUCAAGGUUGAUGUGUUUGGAAGGUGUUCCGGAAAAUUUGGGCAACAGAGAGGUUGUGGAAAUCUAGCUGCUUGCCUUAAAACGUUUAAGUUUUAUCUGGCAUUCGAGAACGUUUUAUGUGAGGAUUACAUCACCGAAAAGUAUUGGGGAAGGCUUGGUAAGUCUUUGUCUUUUCACUGUUUUGAUAGCUGUUUUGAAAACUUGCCAGUCAGGGCAGUCUUGCAAGUAAAC